CGGAAGUAGUGCUUGGGCCGGACGGAAGCUCGUGGUCCUGGGGCCCCAGGGUGGUCGGUCUUUGUUCCUGCACGGUGUUGUUUGACGCCGUCCGCGUGGCUUCCUGGGGCGGAAGACGGUGUGUGUGGCCUGAGUGAAGGCAGAGAGGCCAGCUUCCCCAGGUUUCGCCAUGGCAGCCGACCCAGCACCCAUCGGUCAGGAAGAGCUCGUGAUCAUCAAGAUGGAGGAGGAUGAGACCGCCCUGUGGGAUCCUGAACCGUUCUUCAAGCCUCAGCCCCAAACCCUGUUGCCUGGGCUUGGUAGGGACCCCCGGCAGUGCUUCCGGAGCUUCCGCUAUGAGGAGGCAUCAGGGCCCCGCGAGGCGCUGGCCCGGCUCCGGGAGCUGUGCCGCCAGUGGCUGCGGCCCGAGGUGCACUCCAAGGAGCAGAUGCUGGAGCUGCUGGUGCUGGAGCAGUUCCUGGGCGUGCUGCCACCUGACACCCGGGUCUGGGUGGAGUCCCAGUGCCCCGAGAGUGGCGAGGAGGCUGUGGCACUCGUGGAGGACCUCGCUCAGAUGUUGCAGGAGACUG